AUGACUUCUACGUUGAGUCGAUUGAUGCCAAUCUAUCGUUAUUUACAUCGUCUUUUAGCUCCGAUCUAUUAUAAUCAAGUUGCUCGUCUCACAACGGUGACAAAAGGUGCUGAUCUAAUUCAACGCUUAGAACAUUAUUUACAAUCAACUACUUACUUUAUCACUGUAUGUGUGAAAGAUCCUUAUGUAUCGAUCCCUCAUCAACCAUUGCGUCAAACUUUAAAAUGUUUUCUAAAUGAUUACGUCAUGGAAGACAUGAUACAAGGUAUGAAUAUUAUGACUAUUUUAAAAUUAACUGAAUUUCUUCUUCAACAUCAAUAUUUCGUGUAUCAAAAUUGUCUUUAUUGA